AUGUCGGAGAGGGAAGAUAAUGUGUAUAAAGCAAAGCUAGCCGAACAGGCUGAGCGUUAUGAUGAAAUGGUUGAUGCAAUGAAGAAUGUUGCAUCCCGUAAUGUGUCGGACAAUGAACUCACAGUGGAGGAGAGGAACCUUUUAUCGGUGGCAUACAAGAAUGUGAUAGGUGCCCGCCGUGCCUCUUGGAGGAUCAUCUCCUCAAUUGAACAAAAGGAAGAGACAAAAGGCGCCGAGGACAAGCUGACGAUGAUCCGCGCCUACCGCAGCCAGGUGGAGAAGGAGCUGCGCGACAUCUGCACCGACAUCCUGGGCGUGCUGGACAAGCACCUCAUCCCCAGCUCGCAGACCGGCGAGUCCAAGGUGUUCUACUACAAAAUGAAGGGCGACUACCACCGGUACCUGGCGGAGUUCGCGACCGGCAACGACCGCAAGGAGGCGGCCGAGAACUCGCUGGUGGCCUACAAGGCGGCCUCCGACAUCGCCAUGACCGAGCUGCCGCCCACGCACCCCAUCCGCCUCGGCCUCGCGCUCAACUUCUCGGUGUUCUACUACGAGAUCCUGAACAGCCCGGACCGCGCGUGCCGGCUGGCCAAGGCGGCGUUCGACGACGCCAUCGCCGAGCUGGACACGCUCUCCGAGGAGAGCUACAAGGACUCGACGCUCAUCAUGCAGCUGCUGCGCGACAACCUCACGCUCUGGACCUCCGACAUGCAGGGCGACGGCGAGUCGGGCGAGGCCGAACAGAAGGAGCAGGCGCAGGACGUGGAAGACCAGGACGUGUCG